GGAGAGAUUAUUAAUAAAGAGGGGAUGCCAUGGAAGUCCCUCUGCAUGUACAGAGACCAAUCUGUUGUAGAACUGUCUUCUUCACUGAAGGAACCCAUUUCAAACCAUUUAUUGGUGUUUUCCCUCGUGGGAAGACCAAUCUCUACUCACAGUAUUCUUCAUGGCAAAAAGACUUCCCAGUGGCUGGGGUUUCGCGUCGAGUAACUGCAAGUGCAGAUUUUUCAAGAAGGCAGCAGCCUAGAAAAAAGAUGAAUUCAGGAGCUAAAGGCUCUGGUCCUAAGGGAUUUGUGCCCAAAACGCCGGUGGGGACAAGUACGCAGAAGCGGGAUCAAAGGAGUAGCGGAGAGACAGCAGGUUCGAGUACUUCCACAUCUAGCGAUUAUGGCGGCAGCGCUAAUAAAACAGUUGAAAUGAAUGUUGAUACUGAUAAAGAAAGGAUAGUUGGAGCUCAUCCGCUGAAGAAAGUUGAGGAAGAAAGAGAAGAUAAAAUUGAUCGGACACAUAAGGGGGGAUCAGAUAGAAACCCAAGGGCAGCUGAAAAAUUAAAUCAAGUGGCUGAAAAUAGAGUAGUUCGUACAAUUAAUGAUUUUACGGCAAAGUCACAAAAACUGAAAACAAUUGCGAAGAAUGUUGAGGAUUCGGUUGAUAGAACUGGUUCAGGAGGAACAACUGUGGAUAAUGCUAAGAGUGAAGUUGUAAGGCAAAAUGCAAACAUUGACAGUGACGAGUCGAAGAAAACAAUUGCAAGUGUAAAGAAUGAGAGUGUUGAUUUUCGACAAACUGAACGUAUUAUCAGUAGAGAGAAAGAGAAUGAUGAUUCUUCUUCUCUUAAAUUGAAGUUGGAGAUGGAAGAAAAUAUGCUUAAGCAGAAGCUAGAGAGGCUUGCUGAGGAGAAAUUCUCAAAAGGUAUUAAGAUGUUUCAUUAUCCCGAGGUAGUUAAACCGAAUCAAGAUAUAGAAGUGUUUCUUAAUAGGAGCCUCUCCACCCUCAAUAAUGAACCGGAUGUUAUGAUCAUGGGAGCCUUCAAUGACUGGAGGUGGAAAUCGUUUACUGAAAAGUUGAACAAGACUCAUUUCAAAGGGGAUUGGUGGUCUUGCCAACUUCAUGUUCCUAAAGAAGGAUACAAGAUAGAUUUUGUUUUCUUUAACGGUAAAGACGUUUAUGACAAUAAUGAGACGAAAGAUUUCUGUAUCACAGUGGAAGGUGGAUUGUCUGUGUUUGAAUUUGAAGAUUUCUUGCUUGAGGAGAAACGGAGGGAACUAGAGAAGCUUGCUAAGGAGCAAGGUGAAAGGGAAAGACAAGCAGAAGAACAAAGGAAAAUAGAGGCAGAGAAGGCAGCAAGCGAAGCUGAUAGAGCACAGGCGAGAGGAGAGGUACAAAAGAAAAGAGAAAUUUUGCAGGAGUUGACAAAAAAGGCUGUAAGGUUUGUGGAUAACGUGUGGCAUAUAGAGCCUAGUGAGUUCAAAGGUGGGGAUAUGGUCAGAUUGUAUUAUAACAAGAGUUCAGGUCCUCUUGCUCAUGCUAAGGAUUUAUGGAUUCACGGAGGGCAAGACAAUUGGAAUGAUGGGUUGUCUAUUGUUGCAAGGCUAGUCAGCUCUGACAGAGAGGACGGUGAUUGGUGGUAUGUUGACGUUCUUGUACCUGAGCGAGCCCAUGUCUUGGAUUGGGUUUUCGCCGAUGGUCCGCCUCAGCAAGCCGUUGUUUAUGAUAACAAUCAUUGUCAAGACUUUCAUGCUAUUGUCCCCAAAAGCAUUCCUGAAGAGUUGUUUUGGGUUGAUGAAGAAGAUAAGAUCUACAGGAAACUGCAGGAGGAAAGGAGGUUAAGGGAGGAGGCAAUACGUGCCAAGGCUGAGCGAACAGCACGAAUGAAAGCUGAAAUGAAAGAGAGGACAUUGAAAACGUUUCUGUUGUCUCAAAAGCAUAUAGUAUACACUGAGCCUCUGAACAUUCAAGCAGGAAAUAUGGUGACAGUUUUCUAUAAUCCUGCGAAUACAGUUCUGAAUGGAAAAUCUGAAAUUUGGUUCAGAUGCUCCUUUAAUCGGUGGACCCACCGCAUGGGCCCAUUGCCACCACAAAAGAUGUUGCCUGUAGAGAAUAGUUCGCAUGUCAAAGUCACGGUCAAGGUUCCAUUGGAUGCAUAUGUGAUGGACUUCGUGUUCUCUGAGAGGGAAGAUGGUGGAAUUUUCGAUAACAAUAGUGGUAUGGAUUACCACAUACCCGUGUCUGGAGGAGUUGUUCAGGAGUCACCAAUGCAUAUUGUGCAUAUUGCUGUUGAAAUGGCGCCUAUUGCAAAGGUUGGAGGCCUUGGUGAUGUUGUCACCAGCCUUUCACGUGCUGUUCAAGAUUUAAACCAUAAUGUCAACAUCAUCUUUCCAAAGUAUGAUUGUAUGAAUCUAAGCAAUGUGAAAGAUUUCCACUUUCAGAAAAGCUAUUCUUGGGGUGGGACUGAGAUUAAAGUCUGGUUUGGCAAGGUGGAGGGCCUUUCUGUCUAUUUUUUGGAGCCUCAAAAUGGAUUGUUUUGGACGGGUUGCAUUUAUGGUUGUAAAAAUGACGCAGAAAGAUUUGGCUUCUUUUGCCAUUCUGCUCUUGAAUUUCUUCUCCAAAGUGGAUUUCAUCCUGAUAUCAUUCAUUGCCAUGACUGGUCUAGUGCUCCAGUUGCGUGGUUGUUUAAGGAGCAUUAUAUGCACUAUGGUCUUAGUAGAGCUCGGGCUGUCUUCACAAUUCAUAACCUUGAGUUUGGGGCCCAAUUCAUCGGAAAAGCCAUUACAUAUGCAGACAAGGCUACAACUGUAUCCCACACCUACUCCAAGGAAGUUUCUGGAAACCCUGUCAUUGCUCCUCAUUUGUACAAGUUCCAUGGCAUAUUAAAUGGAAUUGACCAUGAUAUAUGGGACCCAUACAAUGACAGAUAUAUUCCAGUGUCUUACACUGCAGAUAAUGUUGUUGAAGGCAAAAGAGCUUCCAAGCAAGCCUUGCAACAAAGACUUGGUCUGAAAACGGCUGAUCUUCCUCUAGUUGGAAUUAUCACUCGUUUGACCCAUCAGAAAGGGAUCCACCUCAUCAAGCAUGCGAUUUGGCAAACGCUUGAUCGUAAUGGACAGGUUGUAUUGCUGGGUUCUGCUCCAGAUCCUCGCAUUCAGAAUGAUUUUGUUAAUUUGGCAAACCAUUUGCAUUCUUCACAUGGUGACCGUGCCCGCCUUUGUUUGACUUAUGACGAGCCUCUUUCCCAUUUGAUAUAUGCCGGUGCAGAUUUUAUCAUAGUCCCUUCAAUAUUUGAGCCAUGUGGAUUAACUCAACUGAUAGCAAUGAGAUACGGUUCAAUACCUGUUGUCCGCAAGACAGGAGGACUCCAUGAUACUGUAUUUGAUGUUGACCACGAUAAAGAGAGAGCAGAAGCACAAGGUCUUGAACCGAAUGGAUUCAGUUUUGACGGAGCUGAUGCUGCUGGUAUUGAGUACGCUCUUAACCGAGCAAUCUCUGCUUGGUACGAUAGUCGGGAUUGGUUUAACUCGUUAUGCAAGCGGGUGAUGGAGCAAGAUUGGUCCUGGAACCGGCCAGCUCUUGAUUACAUGGAGCUUUACCACUCGGCUCGCAAGUGAAAACAAGAAACGUAGGAACAGUUGUGUUGGAAAAGAAGCCGUAGUUAUGACAAACAAGCCGGCACGGCUAUUGGAACUCCAAACAGCUCCUUAGUUUGCUACUCUCAACUUGAUGUUUUUGCUGCAAUUGAAGAGACCAACACUGCUGGAAAUGGUGGUUUUGUGAAAUGGUUAAAGGGUAGUGAUUUGACUUGUGACCAGAUGGGCUUUUGGGGAGAAUAUGAACCAUAAGUGGAGAGAACUUUAUUACUGGCUUUCACAUCCCACUUAUCUGCACAAAGAUAAGGUAGAGCCACCAAGUGUGUGUGAAGUGUCCUUGUCUUAUCAAUUCAGGUCUAAUGAAUACAUAACAUCUUGGAUGGUUGGAAGAAGUGUUCAUUUUAGUUCA